AUGGACAGCUUAUCACUUUCGUCUUUCAUCACGCAGAACAUGAGCCUCAGCAGCUACUUGGGUCUGCCAGCGUACACAUUUCGACGGAUUUUGCUUCUGGUAUCGUGCCUCCUGGGCGUCAUUCAGUAUGGCUUGGUCUUGACCAACGGAGUUUCAGUGAGUGACUUCAAUGACUACUACGGGUUGACGGAGGUGCAGGGAAAGUUCCUCUACUCAUGUCUCAACUUCGGCGCGUGCGCUCUCUCCUUCAUACCAGGUCUUUGCUACGACCGGUUCGGAUGUGUGCCAACGAUGAUGCUGGGAACUCUCAUAGCUGAUUUUGGGAUCAUCCUACAGCUUGUUUGGACGCCUGACUUCCCGUCCUUUGUCAGUACAAUGGGAGGCUUGUCCUUUUGCUACAUUUGCUUUGGAUUCGCAGCCACCUUCUUCAACGUGAUUGGCUCAUUUGCACCGCUCUCGGUCUUCCCGGUACAAUACGUUGGGCAGGUAUCGGCUUGCGUCCAAGUGUGCAUGUCCCUUGGCAUGACUAUCCAGACCCAAGCUUACUACGCUCUUAAAAAGAGUGGCGGUGAUCCCAUCAUGCGGUAUCUCAUCUAUGCCAUCAUCACCUUCAACGUCGUAGGCGUGCUCAUGUGCAUCGUGUUCUGGCUCUGCCGGAAUCUGAUGGCGCAGGCAGAGGAGGAGACCGAGGCCGAAGCCGAUCGUAAGAGCCUUUGGAGCUCUCUACAGACCUCGGAGUUUGCUUACAUGAUGGUCCUUUUCUGUGUGGCGAUUGGCUUCAGCUUCAGCUUCCUCGACUGUGAGGGAAGCUUGGCUUCCGAGGUGAAUGUGAGCAGCAAAGAGCUCGCCAGCGUCUUUGGCAUAGUGAAUGCAUUCGGACGCCUAGCGGUCUGCAUUCCGCUGGAUUGGACUCGGAAGCACCGUUGGGGCGGUGUGUAUUCCUACAUCCUUGCAUCCCUCAUCGUGUACACCUUGGGCAUGCUUUUGCUGGCCAUUCCCUCCUCUCCUGAUGCAGGCACCGUGCGCAUUGCAAACUCGCUGGCUUCCUUUGGUUAUGGAGGGCUCCUGGGUAUCGUACCGCCGGCCUUGAGGCUAACUUUUGGAACGACGCACCUCGGAGUGAUUUAUGGGAUCCUUUACGUGGCGGUCGCCAUCUUCGAGCCGAUCUGGAGUUUUCUCUUCAAGAAGCCCGAAGCUUGUGAGGGUGUGGAGUGCUAUCGGCUCUACACGAG